AUGUCACCCAAGCUUCUGCACUUCUUCUCGACGUCACCCCGUCUACGACUCAUGGAGACGACGGGCUUUAGUGAGAACCAACUUGUGGUACGCGACGCCAUCUCCCAGAUCUGCAAAGACUUCCCGGCCACAUACUGGCAGGAGCGGGACCGGACGGAGACGGACCCGAAGGAGUUCCACGCGACGCUGGCGUCGGCAGGAUGGCUGGGCAUCGCGCUGCCCGAGGCGCUCGGCGGCGCAGGACUGGGCAUAUCCGAGGCCACCAUGAUGAUGCAGACCAUUGCCGAGAGCGGGGCGGGCAUGGCGGGCGCCCAGGCCAUCCACGCGAACGUGUACGCCACGCAGCCGCUGGUCAGGUUCGGCACGGACGAGCAGGUGCGCGAGACGGUGCCGAACAUCAUAUCCGGGCGGUGGCGCGUCUGCUUCGGCGUCACGGAGCCUAACGCCGGGCUUGACACGCUCAGUCUAGCCACGACGGCCACCAGCGUCGACGGCGGGGAAGCGUACUCCAUCCGUGGUCAGAAGGUGUGGAUCACCUGCGCUCAGGUGGCGUCCCGGAUGAUGCUGCUGGCGCGCACCACGCCGCGCGACGAGGUGGCCAAGCCCAGCGACGGGCUGUCGCUCUUCUGCAUCGACAUGGACCGCGGUCGGCCCGGCCUCGACAUGCGCAGGAUCCGCAAGAUGGGAGGUCGCGCCGUCGACGCCAACGAGGUCUUCUUCGAGGACUAUCGCGUGCCUGCGGCGAGCCUCGUCGGCCAGGAGGGCAAGGGCUUCAAGCAGAUCCUGCACGGCAUGAACGCGGAGCGGUGCCUGCUGGCGGGGGAGGCGCUGGGUCUGGGCUACGCGGCGCUCGGACGGGCGUCGGGCUACGCUCGCGACAGGGUCGUCUUCUCCCGUCCCAUAGGUCAGAACCAGGGCGUCGCCCACCCCCUCGCCGACGCUUACAUGAGGCUCGAGGCCGCCAAGCUGGCGACCUACCACGCUGCGAGGCUGUAUGACGACAGCAGGACCGACGAGUCCGUCCGCCAGGACGCUGUGGGCGUCGCGGCCAACAGCGCAAAGUAUCUGGCUGCCGAGGCCGCCUUUACCGCCUGCGAGAGGGCCGUCCUGGCCCACGGCGGCAUGGGGUACGCCGCCGAGUACGAUGUCGAGAGGUGGUUCAGGGAAUGUCUUGUUCCCAGGAUUGCGCCCGUCAGCAGGGAGAUGAUUCUCAACUAUAUAACAAUUGGACCCGUGUUUGAAACCCGAGACCGAAAGAAUGGCGCCUCCGCCAUCAGAUUCACCCGUCCCAGCCUCGGUAAAGAAGACCCGAGCGAAGCACGCUUGUCGGAUAUGCAACAGCCGUCGAGUCAAGUGCAACGUCGUGGAGUCACAGCCAUGCGGUACCCUCGUCGAUCUAAACGUGGCGAGAGGGGACUCCAUCCCAGCCAGCAACAGUAUGAUGAUAAGAGCCCCGAUGUCAAGACAUCGCCCGGUCCCGUCGCGACGACGGCGCCGUCCAACUUAGACUCCAAGUCACCGGGGACACUAUUCUUCGGCGAAUCCAGCUUUCUCACCAUCGUCCCUGGUGAGCGGCAUGAUAGCGACGGCAGCAGUAAAGCCGUAGACGCUGCGGAACGGCCUUGGAGCACAAUGUCUACCGUGUCCCACCUACGGCUCGUGUUCCCCGUGCCCGACAGUCUAGGAUCCCAAGAUGACGGAUCUGGGGUCAGUCCAGCGACGAUGCGCUACCUCCGCGACGAGGGCGCCCUCACCCUGCCCGACACGCGGGCGUGCAUCCCCGCCCUGCAGGCCUACUUCGCCUGGUUCCACCCGUGCUUCCCCGUGGUGGACAGGGCGGACUUCAGCCGCCGACUGUCCAGGGGAAACGUGUCCCGGCUCCUGCUGCAGGCCAUGCUGUUCAUGGGGGCGACGUACUGCGACGCCGACACGAUCAGUGCGAUGGGGUUCGCGGAUCGGUCAGAGGCCAAGGCGCUGCUGUACACACGCGCAAGAGUGCUCUUCCACGCAGACUUGGAGAAGGACAGGAUCACGCUAGUGCAGUCUCUUUUUCUCAUGAGUUUCUGGCGUGGAGGCCCGUCGGAUGUCAGGGACGUGAGAUACUGGCUCGGUCUCGUCAUCACUCUGGCAGAGUCGUACGGUCUGCAUAGAUCUCAGAAGUUCAUGGCUAGGAAUCCUCGUCUGUCACGCAUCAAGAGGAGGAUAUGGUGGUCUAUAUAUGUCCGUGAACGACAGGCAGCCGCGUCUCUCGGGUUGCCAAGCCGUAUACGCGACGAAGACUGCGACGUCGAACCUCUUAGCCGUGAGGAUCUCGUGUCCGACGAUGACGACCUUUCUUCGCCGUUCGGCUCAUGUCAGCCUCAGCACACGACAUACGUCAUCAAGAUGGUAGAGGUUGCCAGGUUACUCGGUCGAGUAAUCGACGUCCAAUUCGUCCCGGGCCAGCGACCAGCCACGUUAGACGAAGUCCACCGCCUCGAUUCGUCCCUGGAAGAAUGGAAGGCCAGUCUGCCGCACGAUAUGCAAUACCCUAACGAUGAUGGCGGCGAAGCAUCCAUAUGGACCUGUCUGUUACAUUCGGCCUACAACUACUUUCGCAUCCUCAUCCACCGAGCGAACUUUGUCCGCGACGAUAAGGACAGCCGUAUCGUCACGAGUGCGGCGUGCAAAAUACUCCGUAUAGCAGAGGAUAUGUCGUCCAAGGGAAUUCUACGCUACGGCCAAAUGCAUCUCAUCACCUCCCUCUUUGCAGCCCUGUGCAUCCACACCAUCACCAUCCGUCGAAGCACCGACAUGUCGCGGCGCAUGGCCGAGCACCGCGCCCAGCUAUGUCUCCUCUGUCUCGAGGAGAUUCGAAAGUACUGGCGCAUCAACAACAACGUUCUCGACCUGUUCCUACGUUACCUGGACAGUUCUAUCGCCAGGAAUCUUCAUAACGGGACUGACAAUGUUCCCACCACGAAACCUCCUACUUCUACUUCUACUGCCAAUUCACCCUCAGGAAUCGCACAUGGAUAUGUCUGA